GUUGCUUAGGAACGCGUUCUGUUGCGCAGAACAAACUCGUCAAAAGCAAACUUACAGUAAAAAGAGCUCGCGACGAUAUGCAAGCUCCUCCCAGAGUCCAAGGGCAAGCAGCGGGCCAAGCGCCAGCCAUGCUGCCUACUCAUCAACGAGCGCUAAUACCUCCUACCACUCUCGAUUUCCCCACCCAACGAUUAUAUGCAAUUUCUUUCUUCGUGCUACUGCAAGCAUUCAAAUUAUACGAUGCGAUAAACGUCUACUGGACCUCCCACCCCGAGCAAUACAGUGGCGUACUGAUCAAAUGGUGGAUAAUUGACGUGUUGUAUAUCGCCUUGCUGUGGAUCGUCAAGAUCCCUUGGCUGCAAUUCACUGCAUUUAAAUCCAUAUUUCUCGCCGUGUUGUUGACCAUGCUGGACGUUGCAUUCUUUGUGCUUCCUUCGGCUAUGCUCAGUGGUGUGUUGCUGAAAGCACUUUUAGGCGAAACCUUUGGAAAACAAAUUAGUGUUUCUCGAGCGAAAAUGGUCAAUGUCAAAGAUGUUGUUUUCAAUUCAUCGCAUAUCCUGGGUCGACAUACAGUGCAUAUCCUUCCUUACGGGACGGCCAAGCUUAACCCGAACGACGAGUUCUUCUGCAUUCCAUCGAAUGAAAUUGGCAAAAAGGAUAUUCAUAUACCCAUUGUCUUGAAUAAUACCGUUCCUCGAACGAUCAGUGUGUCGCGCUACGAUUUCGAUACGGAAACCGCUUCCUCCAAGCAGUAUUCUGGUCGUAAUAUUCAGAGAGCGACGGAAAUUGGACAAGGAAAAGGGGGUCUCGAGUAUUACUAUAUCCACGUCAAGAAACCUGGUGUAUACAAGUUGGACAACAUUGUCAGUAAAGAUGGACUCGACGUCAGACUCUACAGUCGCCAAGUGUUUGUGUUUGUAUGUCCUACUGUUCGCUUCAAACCGAUCGCUCAACCGGACUACUGUUUGGGUGACAAGGAGAAACUUCAACUGGAGAUCACCGGUGUACCUCCUCUUCAAGUAGAAUACAAACGUCGUACGGGAACCCACCCCUCGGCUUUGCUCAAACUCGAUCGUAUUCAACCCAACGAUUUCGAUUCGCCUCUCGUGCGUAUCCCAGGUGGACUGAAAAACGCCGAUCCCUCUUUCUUCACGCCGGCCAUGCAUCAGGAUUACCACUGGGCUGCCACGCAACAGCUAUCGAUUGAUCUGGAUUUGACAUUUGAAGAAGCGCAGACUUACGAAUUUGAACUGGUCCGUGUGACGGAUGGCACGGGCAAUGUCAUGGAUGUGGCUGAAUCAGCCAAGCAGCAAUUCUUUGUACGUCCUCAUCCUACCGCACAAUUCCAAUGCAGUGCCACCGAUCCUCUCAAGUUACUGGUCGGUUCGCGAUCGACGGACUUGCCUCUCAAGUUGGACGGUACAGGUCCGUGGAACGUGGUGUAUGAAUUUACCCCUGAAGGAGGUGAAUCGGACAAGGCUUCCAAGGAAACCGUGCGUCUUAAUCACGCUCAAUCCAUUCUCAAGGCCAAUGCUCCCGGUGAAUACCGCUUGUUAUCCGUCAAUGACAAUUACUGCAAGGGCGAUAUCCGAUUCCCAUCCACGUGUCAAGUGAUUCAGCCUCCGUUACCUGUGGUCCACGUCGAAUCGACGCCGAUUCCCUCCGAAUGCGCAGGCGAUGCUGAAGCUGGUAUGAAGUUUGUGGUGGAAUUCCAAGGUACCCCGCCUUUCAACCUCGAAUACGUGAUCACCAAGACCGUGGGUCGAAGCGAAACGGUGAUUGCCAAGAAACGCGAACGAAUUGAUCGGGCUCGUCACAUCUUUACUUACAUGCCGGCGUCCAGCGGUGAUUACACUUACAAAUUCCUGUCCUUGGAUGAUCGUUAUUACAAGAACCAAAAGACCGACAUUGCUCCUCUACACCAACGAGUGCAUCCCCAACCCGAUGCUCGAUUUAGCAAAUCGCUUUUGGAUAAACAGGCCAUCCGUACCUGUAUCGGCGAAUCCGUCAAUCUGGACGUCGAACUCAGCGGUACCGGUCCAUUCCGAUUGUACUGGACAUUCAACAAGGAGAAAUUCUUUGCUACGGUGGAAGGCAACAAGUAUACCAUUGCCCUUCCUGCCUUUGAAGCCCCCAAUCACUAUGUUGUUUCCUUGGUCAAGAUUCACGAUGCCAAUGAAUGUGUGAAAGAGUUGGAAGCGCGCGAUGUGAUUGUGGAUGUACGACGUGAUCGACCUACGGCCUUCUUCUACACAGAAGACAAAGAGGACACCGUGGUUGAAAUUGCUGAAGGAUCCAAGGCUCGUUUGCCUCUUCGACUGACCGGUGAAGGUCCCUGGCGCAUGACGUAUCGCAACAAGGACAAGGACGGUGCCGGUACGCGAUCUGUUCUUCUGAGAGACCCGAAUGCUGAAGUGGAAGUACGCGAUGCUGGUGAAUACGAGCUGGUGUCGGUGAAGGAUUCCAUUUGCCGCGGUGAUGUGUUGCCACCUCAUUACAUUGUUCAAUGGCUCGAUAAACCUUCCGUGUCCAUUGUCCAAGAUCAAAUGGAGCUCCGUGCCGAUGGCGUAUAUGAACGUGCCCCUGUUUGUGCCGGUGUGAAUGAUGCAUUUGACAUUCAAUUCCAAGGUCAGGGACCCUUCUACUGCAUGUACGAUCAGUACUAUGAUAUGCAACAUCGACGUGAUCUUAGUCUGAUGAAGACGGAAGAAAUCAGUUCGGGUCUGCGCAAGGCUCGCGUGCCUUUGGAAACGAAGCGUAGCGGUAUCUAUCAGUACCACUUCACGAAAUUGGCGGAUCAACGGUACCCGACGCCUUUCAAGACAAAAUCGUUGGUGGUGGAACAAAAAGUCCACGGUAUUCCUACCGUCGGUUUCAAGAAGCACAGCAAGGAUCGCGUUCUGUGUGUGGGUGAUACUUUUGAUUCGGAUGAAAUGGAACCGAUCUGGCUUGAAUUCACCGGACAAGCACCCUUCACGAUCAACCUGCGUGUGAAGCAUCAGUCGGAACUUCACGGCAAGAUUGUUACUCUGGAUGGCAUCGAGACACACAAGUACAAGUUAUUGCUUUCAGAUGAAAUCGAGUUGCCUGGACGUUACGAUUUGCAGCUUCUUAGUGUGAGCGAUGGCCACGGUUGCGGUGCAUCGGUAUCUGGACCGGACGCCCUCACUUCGAUUGAUGCUUUGGAUAUUGCCACGAUUUCGCCCAUCGACAGCUGUUCCGAGCUUUGUGUGGGUGAUAAUAUCGAAUUCAGUUUAUCCGGCAUGGGUCCAUUCACGGUCUCUUACACGUUCAACCAUCAAAUGGAAAAGAUCAAGUCGCCCUCUUCUCGUCUAUCCAUGCUGGCCGACAAGCCCGGUAACCUGACCAUUGUGUCGGUGGGUGAUCAGCGCAACAAAUGCCGCUCGUUCCCCAAGGGAAUGACGAAAACCGUGCAUGAAAUUCCAAGCUCCCUUGUCAGUGGUGGCAAAGAAAUCAUUGAAAAUAUAAGAGAAGGUGACAUGGUCAAAGCGGUGGUGGAUCUUGUUGGUACUCCUCCCUUUGAGUUUGUGUGGCAACGAAGCGAACUGAUCUGGGACCAUCAGCGCAAGCACCACUAUAAAGGCAAAGUGCUUGAAAGUCAUAUUGUGAACGGUGUGAUGGAGCAUCGCUAUGAAAUUAAUACAUCUGUGGAGGGUGUGAUAGAGGUUGUGAGUAUCAAGGAUCGAUAUUGUCAGUAUCCUCGUGCGCAUUAAAAGAGGUCAUUCAAUAGCAUAAAACAGUAAUGUCUGAUGUAAAUAAACCAAAAAAUCAAG